AUGUCUGUGUGUGUGUCUGUGUGUGUUUGUGUGUGUGUGCAGGUGAGAAGUACCUGCUUCGCCUCUGUCUACUUUGUGCCCUGGCUGAAGAGAGUGGAGUCCGCUGUGUGCUGUAAUCUGAUCUAUUGGCCAGCUGCGGGUGCCGCUAUGCCGAAAUGGAUAACAGGAUUGGGGCCUUUAAAUGAUAGCCCGGACGUCGACCCACCUGGGAACAACUCCAUGGAACACUUCCCGGUACAGGCUCCAGAGCUCAGGCGUCCGCCAGGAUUUGGGCCUUUGCGCAUGGAAAGGAUCAAUGAGGGCCCAGCCGACCCCACGGGCGUCCCGGGUGACGUCCCCAGUGACCCCCCCGCGGUGCCCACGGCCACCGCCCGCCCCCCGUGCCUGCGGCCGGCGUCCCUGGUGGGCCCGUGGCCCGUGAACGUGGACGGCCCGGCGGAGGACCGGCCUGCCGGCAAGCCUUCGCACGAGCCCUCUCACAACCACCACCACCACCACCACCACCACCCCCACCACCACCACCAACCGCAUGCCGGCAAACAACCUCACCACAGCCGCCACCACCACCACCACCACCACCACGUCGGCCACGGCGAGUGGGACGGCAAGCCCGUCGCGCCCGGCGGCCACGGCAAGAAGCCGCGUUUGCACGACGGAGAGGGCCUCCUUGGGGCGGGGGUUGCACCGGUGAAGCCUCCCCCCCCCCCCGUGAAGCCCCCCGUGAAGCCCCCCGUGAAGCCCCACGUGGGCCCCGGUGAGAAGCCGCCCGCGCCGAAAGAGUCGGGGGGCGACGGCGACGGAGGCGGCUUCUCCGACCUCGACCUCCUGGCGGGCUUGGAGAAAUAGCGGCGACGCCGCCGCCGCUAUCAGCACCACCGCCGCCGCCAUCAACGCCACCAACGCAGCCUCCAUCAUCGCCACCGCCACCACCGCCAUCAUCGCCGCCACCGCCACCAUCAACGCCACCACCGCC